AUGCAGAUGGAUCAAUCGGGUGGCGGGGUUGAAGCCAGUGAUAAGUUGCUCGUUCCAACAACGAAGAAGGCCGGCGAGAAGCCGGCAAAUGGUCAUGAGCUGGCGGCGCCGACGGCCGUGUCGAGGCCCCCCGGCUUCACGCCGGUUUCUCCCUUGCCUACUUUGAAUGGCGAACAAGUGGCUGUUGCUCCUGCGGCCGCCGCCGCCCCCGCCGCCGUCGCCGCUGCGAAUGGGAAGAAGAAGUCCAGGGCGAAGAAGGCUGCGCACCCGCGGAUGCACUUGGACAAGGCUGAAUCCGUUGCGUACGAAGCCAAUAUGAAGGCGAGGGAGGCUGCCAUGGUAGCCAAGGCCAAGGCCGAGGAGGCCCAAGAAGCUGCCAGGAUAGCCAAGACCAAGGCCGAGGAGGCUGAAGAAGCUGCCCGGGCCGCCGAUGUGGCGGCGGAGGAGGCCGCCAAGGCGAACGAAGCAGAAGACGAGGCGGGUCAGCUCUUCGAGAAGGAGACGGAGUGGGCGCAGUGCGAGGAAGAAUUGUUCGCCUCCAGGUUCCGCGCCUACUGGAACAGACAGCACGCCCGCUACGGCGCCACCUUCCAGGAAACUACAUCUAUCCCGCCUAUGCGUUACACUUACCCUACUCCGGAGGAGCGGUACUACAUCAAGACCGCGGAAACUCUGCAGAUCGUUUCUCUCAAAAUCGUGUCCAUCAGUGACACUUUACACUGGCCACUGCAAGUGUUUGGUAUGGUUGCCGUGCGUGAUAUCUUGGAUCACAAGCGCAACAUUAUCUUCCAGCGACAGAGGAAUAACUGCCAAAUCAUCAAUGCCAAUGAUCCGUACCUAGCAUUGACAGGUCCAAGCCGUGCUGUUGCUGUGUCGAUGAAACCUUCGGACAUUGAGAUUUCGCUGAAAGUGAAGGGGGCCACUAAAUCUGGUGAUAAAGACCUAAGCGAGCUAGUUUUGGGCUUUAGAUCUGGAUGUGUGCUUGGAGGCGUUUACCCUAGCAGGCUUAGCACGCUGGAAUUUAAAUACGAUUACAUUCCAUGCGCUGUGGAGGCCACAAUAAGCAUAAAAGUCACUGGUGGGUCUUGGCCAGAUGGUUUUCGAGGUGUGUUUACUGCUUGCGACACUGCAGAUGAUGAUCUGAAAGUCAAGUUACUUGGUUUUGGAGAUGGUGGAUUGCCUGUUGGUGCUGAUGGCAUGAUCAAGCUCUCACGCAGUGUGGUUUCCGCUGGCAUUUGUGAGAUGCUGAAAGUUUCUGCCAUGGCAUAUCCUAUUAACGGCGAUAAAGUUGCUGAUAGUAGCGAGGUAGCCUUAAAACCUGAGAUGGCCGGUAUCAGUUCCCGUGUGCUGAAGGUCGGCUCAUGUAGUAUGGAAGUUAGUGUUGGCUGGUCCCUUUUCUGUCGUUGAUCCUGACCUCGGAAAGCUGAUGCUAACAGUAGCUCCAAACUCAUGUGAUUUGCUGUACUAAUUAUGUUGUGAUGUAGUGGAAUCUGAGAUCUGCUCUACUUAUAUUAUGACGUAGUAGCUGACUAGCUGUUGCUUGGUGUAUGCUAUGUGGUACUUAAAUACUCCAUCCAUCCGAAAAUAUUUGUCACAUUAAUGAAUGCAUAUCUAGAUGUA